CCGGAAGCGCUUUUCCUUCCUUUGUCAGCACGCUAACGUGUUCGUGUGUUCCCGGAGUGAACUAGAGCCUGUAUGUUUGGAUAAACCUUCUUUUAUACAGUCAGUGGGAUAAACGUGUUAAAGUGGAAACUUUGGUUUCACCUUUCAUCUCCUGUUAGCCACGAAUGCUAACUGAAGUUAGCUUAGCUUGCUAGCUGGAAAUAGACGGAACUCGGCCACACAGCGCUGGUUGGAGGAACUCUGAGUCCAAACUGUGUUUUUCAUUUGUUUAAAAUGUCUAAAGUCCAGAUGCUGAGAGGUUUUAUCAACCAGCGACUAACUGCGGCUGCUGAAGAGAUAUUUGGGCUGUUUGAAAGAACGAUAUCAGAGUACGAGGAGGAACUCUGUCGUUCCAAAGAGGAGAACCAGAGACACAGGAAACUACUGGACGCUGUUUUCCAGCCUGAAGUCCGGUUACACAGAGCAGCUGUCCAGCAGCUGUUGGUGAGUAAAGAAGAGGUUCCCCCUGAGCAGCAGCAGCAGUGGAGGCCCAGGUUGGACCAGGAGGACCCAUCAGAGCCGCCACACAUUAAAGGCGAACAGGAGGAGCUCUGGAACAGUCAGGAGGGAGAGCAGCUUCCAGGACUGGAGGAGGCUGAUAUCACCAAGUUCCCAUUCACUCUUGUCCCUGUGAAGAGUGAAGAAGAUGAUGAAGAGAAACCUCAGUCCUCACAGCUUCAUCAAAGCCAAACUGAAGAGAACAGAGAUGCAGAGCAUUUGAAAACAACUGAAACUGAUAGAGAGGACUGUGGAGGACCAGAACCAGCCAGGAACUUUAACCCAGAUAGUCCUUCACAACCAGAUACUCAUGACCAGACUUCACUCUGCUCUGAACCUGAGACUGAUUACAGUUGUGAUUGGGAGGAGACCAGGGAACCUCAGCCAGGUUUAAACCCUCUGCAAAACAAUGAAGUACCUGUAAGUGAUCAGGAAUGUAACACUGGAGAAACAUCAGUUAGCUCCUCUGAAUGUGCUGCAAGAUUUGGUCACAAGGAACAUCUGCAGAACCACAAUGGAACCCAAACAGGAGUGAAACCAUGUAGUUGCUCAGUUUGUGGUAAAAGAUACAGCCGGAAAAGCUACUUAAAGAUUCAUAUGAGACUCCAUUCAGGAGAAAAACUUUUGAGCUGCUCUGUUUGUAAAAAAAUGUUUCCAUUGAGAAAAGAUGUUGUGACUCACAUGAGAGUCCACACAGGGGAGAAACCAUUUAGCUGCUCGGUUUGUGGUAAAAGAUUCACACAAAAGGGAACUCUGAGACGACACUCUACAGUCCACACAGGGGAGAAACUAUUUAGCUGCUCAGUUUGUGGUAAAAGAUUCAAAGAAAAGGGACAUCUAAGACGACACUCUACAGUCCACACAGGGGAGAAACCAUUUAGCUGCUCAGUUUGUGGUAAAACAUUCUCACGAAAGGCACAUCUAAGACGACACUCUACAGUCCACACAGGGGAGAAACCAUUUAGCUGCUCAGUUUGUGGUAAUAGAUUCUCACGAAAGGCAAAUCUGAGACAACACUCUAUAUUCCACAUGGGAGAAACCAUUUAGUUUCAGUCUUUGUGGUAAAAUAUUCACUCUGCUCCACAGUGUCAAAAGAUAUGCAAGUAUGUUGGUGAGAUUAAUGGUAAAAAAUUAAGCUGCUUCUUGAA